AUGAAUAGCGCCACGUACAAGUGGAAUUACAAUUUCCCACAAAUCGCGAGGGAAUACGGAUUGAGGCUGAAUGGAGCGGAAAGUGGAACUCUAGAUUGGCGACUUAUAGGAUCGCACGACAUCGAGAGGCUGGUGAAGGACAACGACUUUGAGCGCCUGGAGUCUGUGAUUCCGCACCUCACGGAGGCUCCGCUGGGCGCGAUCCUGAACAAUUCCGUCCUGGAUUCGGGCAUCGCGAAGUACUUCUGUCUGGCACAGCUGGGAUUGCAGUAUCUCUCCUUCUGCAAGGACUUCCUGGACAAGGCGGUGACGUCGCUGAGGCGCAAUGUGUACAACAUCGAGAAGGAGCGACAGAAGUUGCUGAAGACGAACAGGAAGAAGAACGAAGAAUUGCUGCGAAUGCACAAGAAAGUGCACAAAAUUGAGGAGAACUUCGAGAAGAAGAGCGACACUUAUGCGUGCUCAAAGUGCACGAAGAACUUCGCAUCGCCAGAGUUUCUGGACAAUCACGUGGAGCGAAAGCAUUCGCAGAGUGUGCAGAAGAUGGAGGAUGACAACAAUCUCGUGGGAAAUAUCAAACUGGAGCUGGAGAUUAAGCAGCUGAAGCAGAAGUUGAACGACGCCGAGAGGAAAUUGCAGGAACCGAGGAAAACGUGUGCUUCUCUCGGCAUUCAGACGAACUUCGAGGAGGAGAAGGACAAGGACGAGAGCAGCGAAGUUCAGGCGCAGCGACAGUUGGUUCUGGAGUCGCAGCAUCAAUUGGCGGAGCUGCUCAGGGCGCAGCUGAACGCCAUGGACGAGUGGAAGUCGUCGGAGAAGCAACGGAGUCAGAAGGAUUCGCUGGAGAUGAAGACUUCCCUCCAGGAAGCCGUGAAAUUGAUGUCGCAGAAGAGUCGCGUCGUGCUGAACAAGAGCAAACUCGAUCUCUACUCAAUCCCAGCGGGAAAAGCAGAAGCCAAGGAAUCCGCAGAAGCUGAAGAGAUCAGAGAAUGGAGGAAAAAGUAUCACGAUCUUGAGGAAUCCUACAAAGAUGGACAUGAGAAAUUGAGCUACAUUUUGAACGAUCUGGACAAGAAGAACAAGGAUCAAAGGCUUCUCAUUGAGAUGCUGAAGAAGAAACCGGAAACCAAGGAUUUCACCGUUCAAGUGGAAAUUGUAAAAUCGAUAAAAUCCGAUGAUGAGAUCUUGAAGAUUCCCAGCAAAAUUCCCAUGAAGAUGUUCGUGUCGAGCAUAACAGAUUCCGAAGAUGAAGAUGAAGAUGAGGAAGAAGAGGAGGAAAUUUCUGUUGGAAAAUCGAAGGAAGAUCAGAGACAAAUGGCUAAAAACAAGAUUAAUUUAACACUAGAGAAUUUGGGCAUAAAACCUGAUCAAACAAGGCUAAAAUCGAGUGAUUUUGAGAAGAUAAAAAGCAAGAUUUCACGCGAAAGAAGCAGCAGAAUUAGAAAUAUCAGCAAUUUCUCGAGAACUAGAAGUAAUAUUCUGGAUAAACUUGAAGACUUAAUCCAAUCAAAUCAACCACAUCCGAGUCCUUUAAGUACCAAAAUAUCCUUCUUAUCGUCCAAAAUCUCCAAAAGAGUCAAUUUCAAGUGA